CUCAUAGUGGUUGUGUUCACACUUGGAGCAACAUGGAAAAGCAUCCAGUGCCUAGAAGACCACUAACUUAUUACGACCCGGGUACAAACCGCGAAGUGUUUAUAUUAAAACCGGCAGAAAAGCGAGCCAACAAAAUGCCAGCCCCAUUAGGUGAGAAAAUGGCCGGGAACCAGGGGAUGGAGUCGCUCAUCCCCAUCGUCAACAAACUACAGGAUGCCUUCACCCAACUGGGAGUUCACAUGCAGUUGGACCUGCCGCAGAUCGCAGUCGUCGGAGGGCAGAGCGCUGGAAAAAGCUCCGUACUGGAAAACUUCGUCGGAAGGGAUUUCUUGCCAAGAGGUUCUGGUAUUGUGACAAGAAGGCCGCUGAUUCUCCAGUUGAUCAAUAGCAACACAGAACAUGGCGAGUUCCUCCACUGCAAGGGGAAGAAGUUCACGGAUUUCGACGAGAUACGGCGUGAGAUCGAAGCCGAGACUGACCGAGUGACUGGCUCGAACAAAGGGAUUUCCAAUGUACCGAUUAAUCUAAGAGUGUACUCUCCGAAUGUGUUGAACAUCACACUGAUCGACUUGCCUGGGCUGACCAAGGUACCAGUCGGAGAUCAGCCAAUUGACAUCGAGAGUCAGAUAAAGGACAUGAUAUUUCAAUUUAUAACCAAGGAGACGUGUCUUAUCCUUGCUGUCACGCCGGCAAACACAGAUUUGGCCACGUCCGAUGCGCUUCAGCUGGCAAAGCAAACCGAUCCAGACGGUGUGAGAACAAUCGGCGUCAUCACGAAACUGGACUUGAUGGAUGAAGGGACAGACGCCAGGGACAUCCUGGAAAAUAAGUUGCUCCCACUCCGCCGUGGUUACAUUGGCGUAGUUAACAGGAGUCAGAAGGAUAUUGACGGAAGGAAAGACAUCAAAGCCGCUCUAGCUGCCGAGCGGAAAUUCUUCUUAAGCCAUCAGUCAUACCGUCAUAUGGCAGAUCGUCUUGGAACUCCGUACCUGCAGAGAGUGCUUAACCAGCAGCUUACAAACCAUAUCAGAGACACAUUGCCUGGACUCCGGGAUAAACUUCAGAAACAAAUGUUAGCGCUUGAAAAAGAUGUCGAACAGUAUAAACACUUCAGGCCUGACGACCCGGCUAUCAAGACCAAAGCUAUGCUACAGAUGAUACAGCAACUUCAAUCCGAUUUCGAACGGACGAUCGAAGGCAGUGGGUCGGCUCAGAUCAACACAAACGAACUAUCGGGUGGUGCUAAGAUCAACAGGCUUUUCCACGAGCGUUUCCCUUUUGAACUUGUCAAAAUGGAAUUCGAUGAAAAAGAGCUGAGGAGGGAAAUAGCGUUUGCAAUUAGAAAUAUCCAUGGUAUCAGAGUCGGUCUUUUCACUCCUGAUAUGGCGUUUGAAGCUAUAGUAAAAAAACAGAUAUCUCGUCUUAAAGAACCUUGUUUAAAAUGCGUUGAUCUAGUCGUUGUAGAAUUAUCGAACGUUGUCAGGAUAUGCACAGACAAGAUGGCAAGAUAUCCGAGACUACGAGAAGAGACAGAGAGGAUAAUUACAUCGUACGUUCGCCAGCGCGAACAACUCUGUAAGGACCAGCUCAUCAUGUUCGUCGACUGCGAGCUCGCUUAUAUGAACACGAACCACGAAGACUUCAUCGGUUUUGCCAACGUCUUAAGUGCCCAGCAGACAUCGGAGAACUCGAACAAGUCCGGUCGCAAACUCGGCAACCAGGUCAUACGCAAAGGGUGGAUGUGCAUCCACAACCUCGGCAUCAUGAAAGGCGGAAGUCGCGAUUAUUGGUUUGUCCUCACGUCCGAAAACAUAUCAUGGUUUAAAGAUGAAGAGGAAAGAGAGAAGAAAUACAUGCUACCCCUUGAUGGAUUGAAAUUAAAAGAUAUUGAGCAAGGAUUUAUGUCCAGGCGACAUAUGUUUUCAUUAUUUAACCCGGACGGACGCAAUGUUUACAAGGAUUAUAAACAACUUGAUCUGAGUUGUGAGACACAAGAUGAAGUCGAUUCGUGGAAGGCCUCGUUUUUGAGGGCUGGCGUCUAUCCAGAAAAGUCGACUGAACAAGCCAACGGGGAGGAGGAUUUCUUCUCGAAAUUGUUUAAACCGAAAGAAAACGAGGAGAAGGAAAAUGUUGGAGGAAGUGAAGGCACUUCUUCAAUGGAUCCCAUGCUUGAGCGUCAGGUCGAAACGAUUCGGAAUUUGGUCGACUCCUAUAUGAAAAUUGUAACAAAGACGACAAGAGAUCUAGUCCCGAAGACCAUUAUGUUUCUUAUUAUAAAUAACGCUAAGGAUUUCAUUAAUGGUGAACUUCUGGCUCACCUGUACGCUUCAGGAGAUCAGUCAUCGAUGAUGGAGGAAAGUCAAGAAGAGGCGUUAAAGAGAGAAGAGAUGCUUAGGAUGUAUCACGCUUGCAAAGAAGCCCUGCGAAUCAUAGGUGAUGUGUCAAUGGCCACAGUUUCAACUCCGGUUCCUCCACCUGUUAAAAACGACUGGCUCGCCUCUGGAAUGGACAAUCCUAGGCUUUCGCCUCCAUCCCCUGGAGGGCCGAGGCGCGGGGCGCCUUCGAUGGCACCCAGCUCAGGUCCGACUUCUCGUGGGCCUCCACCACCACCAGCUUCCAGUCGUCCAGCACCCGCAAUUCCUUCGAGGCCAGGGCCGGGAGGUCCUCCAGGCGGAAGGCCAGGCCAAGGUGCUCUUCCCCCUCCACUUAUACCAUCGCGCGGCGGACCACAAAUCCAGAUACCACAGAGGGUUCAACAGGAAGUCGGGAAAAUGGUCACUCAGGCCGCCGUCAAUGAACUAACCAACGCUUUCGCAUCUCGCUUCAAGUAGAUCUCCUUAGCUAACCAAGCCUAUUUCUCCCCGUUCGAAGCAAAUGUUAAAUAAUGUGCCACCUUUCUCUCUUUCUCUCUAUCUCUCCCUCUUUGUAAGUAAUAAGAAAAUUGUAUGUAUUGUAAUUAAUUGUAAACAAAUGUCGUACAUUUUCAAAAGGCCUUAAAUCAUGCACAUUCCACGAGAGACAACUCCCCACUUGCUUGUCUUCCUCUCAGUAAAAAAACAUUCCUUUGACAAAACAGGCUAACAAUGUGAAUUUAAAGAGUCAGUUUUCCUAGUGUAAUUUGAAUAAACAAGCAAAAAACAAACACAAAAGCAUUACAUAUUAAAAAAAA